AUGGAGAGCAGUCAAGAAAUUAGUAAUGAAUUUGCCGAAAUUAACGUGCCGUAUCCUUGUUCUAUUGACCCGAUGGAUUUCCUAUCGCGAAAAUGCAAACGAGGUAAAAAACCAUCCAAGUCCUCCAAUGCAUUUAUGAUUUAUCGGAAAAUGUUUUCUAAAGAACUAAGGAAGAAAAAUCAUAAAAUACCGCAAUCUAAAAUUUCCGGCAUGGCCUCCGCUUCUUGGAAAAAUGAAUCUAAGGAUAUUAAAGAUGCUUACCAUAAGCUGGCUGAAGAUGUAGACCGUUUAUUUCUGGAGUCACAUAACGACAAUUCUGUUGAAAAUCCAAUUGAACCGGUAAAUGCUAAUAGCGAAGGUAUCGAAUCAUCAUCGUUGAUUCCAAAUCCUCAAAAUAUCGAUAUCUCGGCCGAUAAUAUCCUAGAACAUAACUUAUACAUAAAUGCCCAGAUACUACCAUAUUAUUGGCCCGUUUCCGAAUAUCAAUUUACAUAUGAUGUUGCUAGUAUGACAUAUUGUAUUACGUCUAUUUAUGAUAACUGA